ACCCAAACUUAAAACUUAGUUCUCUCUCUUAUAUAGAAAAAAAAAAAGUUGUCUAUUGACUUGAAAAUAGCAAUCAAUUUAUAAUCUCAAAAUGGCUCCAGCUUCUUACAAUUGUAUUUUCAAUACAAUAUGUGUAAUGGACGCUUCCACUCGAUUAGGCACAAAGCUAGUAAAACGUCUUCUCAAGAGAGGUUACACUGUUCAUGCAGCUAUUCAAAAUCAUGGCGAGUCGUCGUCGUUGAAGAGGAUUGAAUGUGAAGAGAAGAAAUUGAAGAUAUUUGAGUCGGACCCUUUUGAUUAUCAUAGUAUUCUUGAUGCUUUGAAGGGUUGUUCUGGUUUGUUCUACUCAUUUGAACCUCCAGCAGAUUAUCCUACUUACGAUGAAGAAAUGGGAGAAGUGGAGGUGAGGGCAGCACAUAAUGUAUUGGAAGCAUGCGCACAAACAGACACAAUAGAAAAAGUAGUUUUUACUUCCUCAGCAACUACAAUUAUUUGGGGACAUGAUAAAGAUUCUGCACCAUCUAUUGAUGAAAGACAUUGGACUGACAUCAACUUUUGUCGUAAAUUCAAGUUGUGGCAUGCUAUGUCAAAAACACUAGCAGAGAAGACAGCUUGGGGAUUGGCAAUGGAUAGAGAAAUAAACAUGGUGACUAUUAACUCAGGACUGUUAAUGGGUCCUGAAUUAACCAUUACUAAUCCUUAUCUGAAAGGUGCAGCUGAGAUGUAUGAAGAUGGUGUGUUUGUGACUGUUGAUCUUGAUUUCUUGGUGGAUGCCCACAUUUGUGUUUAUGAAGAUAUAGCAUCAUAUGGUAGAUAUUUGUGCUUCAAUCACAUCAUUAACCAAAAACAAGAUGCUCUUAACCUUGUCCAAAUGUUGUCCCCUUUGCCUUCUCUACCUCAAAGUUUGGAGGAAGACACAACGAUAAUACAACAAAGGAUCAGCAACAAGAAAUUAAACAAGCUUAUGGUUGACUUUAGAGGAUGCCAGCCUCAAAUGAUGGACCAAAAUGCAAAUCAAGACAUUUGCUUAUGAUGAAAAAACUACAUAUUAAAUCAAAGGGAUCUGAAUCUCUUAUCCAAGUGUACAAAUAAUGUCCAAGUGCAAAUCAAAUGCGAUAAAAUUACUUUUCCCAAACCCCACUUCCCAAGUAGGCAAGUUACUAAAAAAGUUGCUCCUAAAAAGAAAGAAAAAGAGAGGACACAUAGAUGGCUAAAUGCAAGGCAUGUAAUCAUGUUUAUGUACAAAAGUCAAUAAAUUAAAAAACACCAUGUGAAUUAUGAGUUG